AUGAGAGUGGUGCAAACCACUGCACUGCUCUCGGUCGCAACCCUCGUUCCAUCCGCUGCUGGGAUUGUUUUGCCUCGAGUAGCCGACUUUGGCCAACAGAACCCGAGACGCUUUCCUCGGAAUGACACUGCGAUCGCUACCACUCGCUUAUCGCCAUUGACACAAGCUCUCCAAAUCACAGCAUCGUCACAAGAUGGUGGAGUUUCGUCUUUUUCUAGCCAGAUUUCUCUUGUCGAAAGUUUAGAGGUAGUCACAUUAGAGACAACCUUUAGUUCUUGGAGUGAAACAGUCAAGCUGCCUUUGACUCCAACUACAGUCCUGGGCAACAAUUCGACAACUUCGUCGUCAACGCAACAACCUCCUGCUAUUACUGUACUAUCAUUGACAACUGAACAACUGGAUCAUGGCUUGACCAAUUCAUCUACGAGUACUGAAGCUGCUCUAACAACUCAACAAUUUCUUGAGUCGUUGUCCUUCUCACAAGUGGUUUCCAGCGUGGCCACCUCGACUAAUGUUACUACUUUGCCUUCCUCCCUCAGUCGGGAUCAAGACACCAUCCUGGUUGAGACACGAGACACAAUCCAAGUUUCAAUACAUAGGAGACCACAUCAGGGCUUCGCCCGCCCCUUAACCCCGACAGCACUCAACAACACCUAUCCCCAAUCUCAAACCUGUGGCCCAGGUUUGAGUAAACCGUGCGCAUGGAUACCCUCUCCCUCUGCUAGCUCAAGAGGAUGGAACGGCACGCAUACCCCUGGACCUUGGACAUCUGGAACAUUGACGGUGAUAGCACCAACGUCUUUGGCUCCUUGCACGACCUUACAGGAUGACGAGCCAGUAACAGAAUAUUCAAUUGUGUACACGUCAACAGUGACCUUUUUCGGGAACAUGAGUGAAUACACGCCUCCCUACCCAACAAUCAAUACUCCCAAUUUUUGCGAGACAGAGCCCGUUGCUCCAACACUAUCCAAGGGACCAGGUAAUGUUGGCGGACCGCUGCCCUCUUCGACCGAAUUGUCUCCUAAAGAACCUCCGAAACAAUGCCCGUCAGGUCAAUCUUGCUCUACAGAAAAAGUCCCCGACUGGUCAAGCCCUACAGUUGUUCCGGCCCCUGAGGUGCCAGGGUUAACUUUCUCGUCCAUGCGGCCAACGGUCACGUUCAUAACCACGGACAAGAAUCCGGCUGUUGUUUUCACUCCAGACCCGCCUCCACAUUUCGACAGGCCGACAAAGGGAGGCGGAUUACCCAUGAGUAACAAGCAAAAGCCUGAGCCUACUGAAGGGCCGCGCCCAAAUCAAAUACAGCCUUCGGAGGAUCACGGCAAGGCUAUCUCUCAGCCAAAGCCUACGUCAGGAGACCAGUCGCAAGGCCAACCUCAGCGUCAUCCGCAGCCUGGUUUUGAGCCUGGAUCUGGCUCUAAUCCUGAAGCUGGGUCAAAUCCUGGCCCUAACAAUAAAUCCAAUCCAGAGUUUAGCUCGCGGUCUGAUAUCGAUCCCAAUCCUGGCCUUCAUUCUGAUUCCGGCUCUGGUCCUGGCUCUGGAUCCAAGCCAGGAUCUGCCCCUAUUGCUGUACAAACCAACACCUUUGUGGUGACAGCUAGGGGUCAGGAAGUCAUCGUUAAUGACAAGACUUUCUCGAGUCUCAAGAUAGACCAGACUACAACAGUCACUGUCGAUUACGGUACAUUUACAAUCCGCCCAACAGAAGUCGCCGGUGAAGGAGCAACAAUAAAAAAGCCACAACCUGUUGGAACUGCGGUCUCUGUUCUCAGUCCUACCAGCACAACCCUUGGGCGAGUGCCCAUCACUAUUUCGGGAACAGACGCUUCAGUUGGCGGUACCACGCUCAAAAUCCCUCUCAUGGGCACAACUAUGAGGCUAACGAUUUCCACUCAGAGCUCAAAUACUUUGGCGAACGAGCGGGAAAUCUUCAUUGCGCCUGAUAGAAUUGUGGUAGAUGAUGAAACUCUCAAGUAUUCAGGGGUAGGUGCUCCUCAAACAGAUGUGGUCAUAGAAGGUGGUGAGAUGGUUACUGCAGUUGGGCAAUCAGUCUUUGUCUUCCGGUCGACGACAUUGACUUAUGGGCCGGGCAUUCCCAGUGCUACGGAGAUGGUCGACGACGAUAUUGUUACAAUCGGGCCUGCAGGUGUCGUUAUUGAUGGCAUGACUCUUGGAGGCCCUGAGGCUCAAGCGAGAGAUGCAAAGCAUCGAAUUGUCGGUGGGGCGACAAUUACCAAGGUCAAUCCUUCGUAUGUGAUCAUUGACGAGACGACUUUUACAGCUGGCCCAGGUGCUAAGAGCACUACAAAAGAAGCUGGAGGCGAGACUGUUACAAUCGGACCCGGCGGCAUUAUCAUUGGUACAAUAACGGUCAGAUAUCCUUUUGGCGUUUCAACUGUUACUACUAUCGAAGCAAAAGCGACAGCUUCUGCGAUGUUUCCUGCAGCUACUGGGACCAACAAUAAUAACGCCAAGGAGGAUAGUAAGAAUGAUGAUGAUAGUGGUGCAACUCUUCUAAGGUCUGGGUUAACGACGGGAAUGACUGGAUUAUGCAUAGCGCUUCUAAUUCCUUCAACACGAUGCUAUAUUGUGAUUGUCUAUUGGCCCAUCAUCAUCAACACCUUGACAAUAUCUCGCGCCGGCUCAUUAUCGGCAAAGUGGAAUUUCAGAAACUCGACACGGCGCGCGGCAAAAACGACAAACUCCAUCUUGGAACCAUCACCACCCUGUCUCCGACUCCCUCCUCACCUUCGCAGCGAUACAGCCCAACAGCGCAUAACCGACCCCCUCAAUCUUCCAAACUUCUUCGCCCCGGCGCCCCAGACUGUGCAGACACCUUGUGCACGGUCAACAACCUUCUCCCCCGAGUUCCCACCCUUCAACUAUAUGCAACAAGAGUCUCUCGAGCAUACAAAUUCUUUAAUCCAACGAGACAACCCUGUUAAAACACCAUCUUCCCAGCAUGGCCCCCUUCACCAUGUCCCGAGCGGCCUUCGCCGAGUCUAUUCCGGAGACUCAAGUGGCGCUGACACAGGCUCUGCACCAGCGCUCCAUCAAGACUCGAGCCAUGACGUCGAUGCCGACUUACUCGAUGAGGAGCUACGUCGAUUGAGUCUAAGGCAUCACUCGUCUGCUCAACCUUCUGCUCCAGGUCAGCGCAUCUCUGAAUAUGAGAAUGCAAUGACUCCGCCUACUCCAAAGAAAGCACUGGGUUUCAAGGUUAUCAAGCGUUUUGAAACAUCCUCUGACGGAGUCCUACUCGAAGAUUUUCCGAAUGAGAUUCUGACGCAUGUCUUCUCACAUCUGCAUUCCGACUCCCAUGCUGCCAUCGCUCUUGUUUCGAAGCGCUUUUAUGCCCUUAUCACCAGCUCCCACGCCUGGCGCAUGGCCUUUCUGCGAUACUUCCCUGGGCACGAAGCACUCGAGGUCAAGAAUCAUGUGGAUAUCUGGUCUGACACUUCACACGAUUUGAUUCAGUCCGAGUCUCGAUACUUCGCUCGUCUUACACCACUGGCAUCCUGGAGAAAGGAAUACCUUCUUCGCACACGCUUGGUUAGAUGUCUGGCUCGUGGCAAACCGGGUGCAUCCGUUGCCUCGGGUGGUAUUGGCGCAUCCGUUCGCAGCGGAAAGAAAACCAGUGCUGUUUUGACGUACAACUCGAAGCUGCCAUGGGCUGUAACGAAUGUACAUGCUGUCUUUACAAACGGCAAGAAACCGCCAAAAGCUAUACAUGGCGCUGCCGACCUUGGGGUAGCAUCAGUUAGUGAUCCUACCAAUGGCAGGGUUGAGAAAUGGGGAUUCGUUGAUCCUUUCAACGCAAUGCAGCUCGAUGAGGUGUUCCCCAACCUUGUGCCUUUCGGCCUGGGAGAGGGCCCCGCGGCUGGUCCCAACGUUCUCGAUGUUAGUCAGCCAUACGGCGUACUUGCAGGUGAAGGUUUCCCAGGAGGUCGUCCAUACUACCGACCUAUCGGCGAAAACCGUGGGCGAUACCUCGGAGGGGUUUCUGGUGUUGUUGAUACAUAUCCCGAUAUCCCCAAGAUCCCAGAAAUGUCUGAGGCUAUAUGUAGUGUGUGGCUGGCCAAGUCUGCAAAUGUGCCUACCAACACACAGUCAAUGGUUGGCAUGCUGACUGGUUCUACUCUUGGCGUUGUCACCUCAUAUGCCAUUGGAGGUGAUAAUGGUCCUCAGCGUUACCAGUCUGGGGAUGUCACUGCUCGCUGGGUGCUUAGCCCCGGUGUGCCAAUCGUCUCUUUCAAAGUUGAUGAUAACUACAGUCAGAAACGCAAGUCUACAGGGAGGAUAUGGGCUGUCGCCCUCAACGCUUUGGGCGAGGUCUAUUAUUUGACUGAGACACCGACGGCACAAAACCAAGUGAAGAGCGAGGAUGCCACCAAGAAUGCUUGGUUCGCUGGGCGAUCAGUCUACUGGCAUCUCUUGGAUUCUACUCGGCGUGUUGCACGGCCAGACGAAUUGGAUAAGAAUGCCAUCAAGGGUGCAUAUUCGCCUCGGUCACCAUCCAACUCCAUGAAUUUGAGUAAGAGUCAGCUGGCUGCCGAGGCACGAGAGAUCGAGAAGUUCCUUCGUCAUAAGCCCGCGCACUUCCGAAGAGCCUGCGAAGGAUGGGACAUGCAACGUAAGCUGGAAGUCGAUUUUGCCAACGACGACGGCCAUGGCGCAGGCGAAAACAUCUUUGUACUUGAUUGUGGCCUUGCCGAAGAUCGUCCUGCACACAUUGAGCGUUAUACUCGGUCUUUGGUGCCUCAGGAUGCUCAAUCAUCUUCUGUCAUAUUGGCACCUACUCCACCUGCUCCCUCUAUGGCAAAGCAAGUAUCGCUCUUUGGUGCUACGAAUACGGAAAUAUUGGAUGUUCCAGAAGAUAAAGUGUCGGGCUCUGCCUCUCCUGUCUCGCUUUCAUCUUCAGAUUUCGUAUCUCAUUUUCACGAAUGGGAGGGUUGCUCAAUGUUAUUGAAAGAACAAGGCCAUGCUGUUAUUACCAGCGUCUCAAUCGAUUGUUCUAACACGGCAGUUUUGACGCUUGGCGAAGAUCCUCUUCAUGCAACCGAGGACGAAAUUCCAGGUCGCCGUUCCCGUUUGUUGGCUGUUGGAACAGACGAUGGCGCCGUGCUUGUCUGGAACGCUCGUGAGGAUAGCAAGGCCGUAGGGGUCAACCCAGUGCGACAAAUUCAGACCGAGUCUCCAGAAGUGUCCUGCGUGGCUCUCUCAGCCAUGUAUGUUGUUCACGGUGGAAACGACGGCCUUGUUCAAGCAUGGGAUCCCCUAGCAUCAACAUUAGACCCUGUCCGUACACUCAAUGCGAGGUCCAACGGUCGAGUGCCCCGACACAUGAUGACAAUGAAUCCCACCCUCGAUGAAUCAACUUAUUCCGCGGUCGGUGCUAUCUACCUCGAUCCUGACCCCACUGUCCUUCGCGGUGUUGUUUCUUUCGGGGCGUUUUUGAGAUACUGGGCAUACAGCUCUGCCAGUCACGCCUCGGGACGUAAGCGCCGCCUCAGGCACUCUGACGUACACGGGCGUCUGGUCAGUCGUCGCCAAGGCGGCACAGUUACCGGAUUCAUUGCUGCUGAGGAAGCUGAGAUCAAACGCGAUAAUGAACUAAAGGCUAGGGAACAAAACCGGCUGCGCAAUCGCUUUGGUGUUGGUGCACUUGGGGACUUGACCGAGGAAGAGGCUUUGCGAUAUGCACAGAUGGUUUCUGAGGAGGCAUUUCUUUUCGAGGAGCUCCGUCGGACAAGUGACUCUGCUGCCGAUGCAAGUUUGGACACCGCUUCGACAUUCAGCGAAACCACUGUUGACACUGUUACUCCUGAGCCCAGUGUCACUGAUAUGAUAACCCCACCUUCUGCAUCAACAGAUAAUAUUGGCCGAGCGCCCGUCGAGGAGGACGACUACGAACAGCAAAUUCAGCAGGCCAUCCGAUUGUCUCUAAUGGAAGGUGUCAACGAGAACGGUCCAUCGCCUCAAGCGGUAGAUUCGGGCGACUACGAGUUUUCCCUGACAUACAAGCUCAAGUCCAAUAAGAAAGCAAAGGCAUCAGGAAGUGUGUCGCCGGGAGCUUCCAAGGCGGGAUCUUCAGGCCAUGCCGAGCCCAGAGACUAUGAUCUGGAACUUGCCUUAAAGCUCAGCAUGGAAGAUCAGGACUUGUAUCCAACUGAGGCAGGUAUGAACACUCAACAAGAGGAGUUCCCGACUCUCGAAACUGAAGGUGUAGGCAAAGGCAAAGGCAAAGGUGUGCAGAGGUGGUGA